AUGUUGAAAGAAUCAUCGUCUUUGAAAGACGAGAUACAAGAGAAAAAUAUAAUAAAUAACAUACCGCAUCCUCCGGCAUUACCAAUGGGACCAUUAGUCGAUUCACAGGGAUUGAUAUUACCCCGUAAGGUUUUCAAUCCGUGCCUGGAUUCGAAAGACCGUCAAGAUUUGCACAAGGAAUUGUUAUUUAAUAAAAGAAUAGGUAAAAACGUAUUAAAUCAAAAAUCCGAACUUCAGAGAGCUUUGGAAAAGCACAAGGAUCAUCAGACGAGAAAAGAAAUGGAAAAUGAAAAAAAUCAAAAUAAAAGCCUUUUGGAAAAAGUCAUCGAAGAAAGAGCGAGAAGGAUCGAAAGCGUGAGUUUUUUUAAUUUUACUUACUACGUCACGUGA